GGGGGGUGUACUGCUCGGCGUGCCCGAGGCGGCGCGGCUCCGGGGGCUCAGAGCGGACGGUGGCGCCCGUCGUGCGAAUCCGUCGCCAUCCGUCGGCUUAGGGCGAAGGGAAGCCCGGGAUUCGCACCGCGGGCGCGGCGUCGGCCAUCGGGGACUGCGCUCGGGCCCAGAUAUCGGCGAACAAAAGCGCCGGUUCCCGUCCAGACACCCGGCGGUUUGAAGCCGCGCGAGCCGAACGGUUGACGUGUCCAUAUAAGGUCAUCCCACGUGACUCGGGGCGGCCCCGCCCCCCCCCCCUCCGGCCUUGUGUCAGAUUCAAGUGAAGCAAAGAGAGCGUUUGAUGUGUAACCAGUGAGUGUGUGGCAGAGCCGCCCCCCCCCCCCCAGCCAUGGGCAUUAAAUUUUUAGAAGUCAUUAAGCCGUUUUGUGCUGUCUUGCCUGAAAUCCAGAAGCCAGAAAGAAAGAUCCAGUUCAGAGAGAAAGUAUUAUGGACCGCCAUCACACUCUUCAUUUUUCUAGUAUGUUGUCAGAUUCCAUUGUUCGGGAUCAUGUCAUCGGACUCUGCAGAUCCUUUCUACUGGAUGCGGGUUAUCCUGGCCUCAAACAGAGGUACCUUAAUGGAACUGGGUAUCUCCCCCAUUGUAACAUCUGGUCUAAUUAUGCAGCUGCUCGCUGGGGCAAAAAUCAUUGAAGUUGGCGACACACCAAAAGAUCGAGCUCUCUUCAACGGAGCUCAAAAACUGUUUGGAAUGAUCAUUACCAUUGGUCAGGCUAUUGUGUAUGUAAUGACUGGCAUGUAUGGAGAUCCUGCAGAAAUGGGGGCUGGCAUCUGUCUCAUCAUCAUUAUACAGCUCUUUGUGGCUGGUCUGAUCGUGCUCCUGCUGGAUGAGCUGCUACAGAAAGGUUACGGUCUGGGCUCCGGCAUUUCCCUGUUCAUUGCCACAAACAUCUGCGAAACCAUUGUGUGGAAAGCCUUCAGCCCCACCACCAUCAACACAGGCCGAGGUACUGAGUUUGAGGGAGCAGUGAUUGCUCUGUUCCACCUGCUGGCCACUCGACAAGACAAGGUCCGUGCUCUACGCGAGGCGUUCUACCGACAAAACCUACCGAACCUGAUGAACCUCAUCGCCACUGUCUUCGUGUUUGCCGUCGUCAUCUAUUUUCAGGGAUUUCGUGUGGACCUGCCCAUCAAGUCAGCACGUUACCGAGGGCAGUACAGCAGCUAUCCCAUCAAGCUGUUCUACACCUCGAACAUUCCCAUCAUCCUUCAGUCUGCCCUGGUGUCCAACCUGUACGUCAUCUCACAGAUGCUCUCUGUUCGGUUCAGCGGCAACUUCUUGGUCAACCUGCUGGGCCAAUGGGCUGACGUUAGUGGUGGUGGUCCGGCUCGGUCCUACCCAGUCGGUGGUCUCUGCUAUUACCUGUCGCCUCCUGAAUCGAUGGGCGCCGUGUUUGAGGAUCCCAUCCACGUCACCGUUUACAUCAUCUUCAUGCUGGGGUCGUGCGCUUUCUUCUCCAAGACGUGGAUCGAGGUUUCCGGCUCGUCUGCUAAAGAUGUUGCCAAACAGCUGAAAGAGCAACAGAUGGUAAUGAGAGGUCACAGAGAAACAUCAAUGGUCCAUGAGCUCAAUAGGUACAUCCCUACAGCGGCUGCCUUUGGCGGGCUCUGUAUUGGAGCGCUCUCAGUGUUGGCGGACUUUCUCGGGGCGAUCGGAUCCGGCACGGGAAUCCUGCUUGCUGUCACCAUUAUCUACCAGUAUUUUGAAAUCUUUGUGAAGGAGCAGGCUGAAGUCGGAGGAAUGGGGGCACUGUUCUUUUGAAGUGCCAAAAACUCGAGAAGGAUUUAUUUAUGUAAAAGGGAAAUUUUUUUUUUUUUUUUACACACACUGCACACUUUUUGAGGGGAUGUGUAAAGGGAGUCCUUUUUAGUGUUUAAUCCAAGCCCUAAAUCUAUCUGGUUUCUCUUCCCUCCUCCCUCUGCCUCCUUCGCUUCUCUCUACCCCCCCCCCCCCACACCCCGGUGUCUCUCUCUCUCUCCUCCCUCUCCCUGACUGUCAGCCCCUUUCAGUAUUGGGCAUCGAUGUCAACCUGUGCAGCGUACUCCCUUUAUUGCCUCAAACCAUUGCUGCUCUUACAUACUUUACUGUCAAUGCCAAAAAAAACAAUGCAUUCAGAUAGGCAUUUUUAUACCCUAUAGUCCUUACUUUGAAUGUGUUCUCGACAACAGAAAAAUGUCUGUUUACAUUGUGCACUGAGUUUCAAGAUUCUUUUUUUAAGGUGUUCUCCAGUGUGGGAGGGUAGAGUUGGGCAGUCAGCCGAGCAGUUGAAUCAUGAAUUUCAAAAGCUGCUGCACAUCGUUGGAAGCGCAAUUUGUUUUUAGGUGUAAAAUGGCCUCUAUUUUUGUGUGUGCUGUUGCUGGAAUUCUCAUUGCAAUCAGUGUUUUUUAAAUCUUUCGUAUCUGCAGUGACACCAGUGAAAACCGCCCAUCUUCCCCCAAGUGUUUAUAGAGGUAGAUCACGGGGCGAAACCAUUUUGAGUCCAGUGUUGUUUUGGCGGCAGCUGCAGCAAGUUGCAAUCGUAAGCAUUAAUUCACUGUGAACGUGGGCUUGCACAAAGACUGGGUUGCGUUACAGUACAGUUCAGGUCAUUUCAUUUGAUGUAUUUGCAGCAGUAAUGUGAAGUGAAAAUGGUCGAGCAGCAGUUAAAUGUACAGUAUAAUGGGAUGUGCUGUUCUAGUAUUCAAAAGGUGCAAAUGCAAACUAUGUGGAUUAUUGGAAGAGUCGUAAUUGGUGAAAAUGGAUGCUUUUUAAUCAGAUUUCUCAGCAAAGUGAGGAGAUAACACUGCCUUUUGAGAUUGAGUUGGAAAAGGAAUAAAAAAUGUUUCCAUAUUAAAA